GUUAGUAAGAUUUUGGCCAACAGAGGCAGCAGUACUAAAAAGUUCUUUAAAACCAAGUUUUAGUAAAAACAAAAACUCUUUCUGAGCGAAGAUUUAGUAGAAAUACGUGGAAAAAAAAUGUCGUGGUCUUUUCGUAAUAAAAUUUUUGCAGUGUAUGCUAUAGCUGUGAUCAACUUCACGUUAUUGGAUUUACGUGUAUUUGCAGUACCAACGGUAGUGCCAACAACUUCCCAGCCAACUUCACAAAUCGUGAAUUUUGACACACAACGCAAAGCCAGGGCCAAUACAGAUACAGAGGACUUACCUGAUUUCGACUUCGACGAAAUUAAUAAAAAUUCUAAGGACAAGGAUCAGUUCACAGGUUCAGAUAAUAGCCUUGAUACAUCUCCACCACACACAGAUGAUGAACUGUCAAGCAGUCAGAAUACAUUAGAUAACACUAAUGAAAUUUUUGGACAUAACGAUGUUUUCGAGUCAUCGACUGUGAGCAAUAAUAACCCACUGCAUCGUGUCAAACAAAGCAUUGGUAGAUCUUUGGAACCAGUUAAACAUCUUAUUAAUACCGUACGCGAUGGUGCCUUUAAUCUUACUCACCCACAAAGUCCCCACCAUCAUGUUUUGCGUGGGCACGCUGCACGCAGACGUGAGCACAGUGAACAUACAGAGCAUGUAUCUUCAAAUGAUGCUUCGGCUAUUGAAACGGAAGAGGAGCGUGAAUCGGUGAAUGAAAGUAACGAAUUUCGAUUUUUGGAAGUAUUGGGCACCGUUGGUGGCAUGAUUUGGCAAUUUUUAAUGAAUAUACAAAGAGCUUUUGCUGCUAGCAGUGGCGGUGCUAGUUCUGGGUCUUCAGGAGGGAAUUAAGUGAGCAGAAUAUAUUGCAUAAAACGUGAUUUUUACCGAGAUUAGUUUUCUUUGAAAACAGUUGGUAUUCUAUGUAGAUUUGUUAUGUGUAGUAUCUUAGAUAAAUUAAAAUUUCAAUGAUGUUUAUAUACCUUUAAGAUCAUAUUAUAUAGUUUUUCAUAACAAACAGGCAAAAGGUACUUUACU